AUGGAAUUCAAAUUCUUACUUGGGAUUUCGUGUUUUGUGAUGGUAGGAUUGGUAUUGAGCGAGUCACCUCCCGGCCCCGUCACGGUCGGUAAGUCAAACCGUAACAUAACGCUUCUGAUAUAUUUGGGUUGUUUGAACAAUAUCUCAUUAUAACACAUCGUCCUUUAGCGGGGCAUGUUGGUAUGGGAUGUUCAAGAACGCCGGAACGGCAAGAGGGAAAAGGGGUUGAUUUUUCUAGAGGGGAACUUUUUAAUUGAAAUUUAUUCGGGAAGAUUGCGAAGCAUCUGGACUUGGGGUGUACAUGUAGGGUGAUCUGAACUUCAAUGUUAAAAUGACCUUCAAUCAUUAUAAUUGCAAUUACACCAGAAAAUUUUGUACAUAUACAGUUUUGAAGCACAAUGGCUGGAGAGACUGAUUCGUAAGGCAUUGCGUCAUAUUGUCUAUUGACUUGCGCGUAUUCAUGAAUUAAACACACCAUUCACAUUGUAUCAUAGUUAGUAUGCCCCUGCAUGGGGAUAUAGUCACAGAAAUUUUCAAAAAAGAUGCCGAAAUUUCAAUUUAAAUGAUCAUUUUAAAAUUGUCUACUUUUUCGUAUAGGUAUAUAUGUGCGUAAAUUUUCAAACUUCAGAGUACAUACUAUAUCCGCGCGUGACUUUGGCAUAACUUGUCUCCUAUAUAGGCCACAACAUUCGACGUCUACUGGUGAUUAAGGCAUAAUUUUAUAUCCUUAGAUAUUACAAAACAACAGGCCAAGUCCAAGGUUGAAAAGUAUUUGAAAAAGAUCCAAUACAGACUUGAUAUCAGGUUGAGGGAAGAUCCUUCUGAUCCCUCUGGUGGUCUGAAUGAAAUGGAUUAUCCUGGAGCCUCAAAAUAUGGUCCCAUCUUCACGCACGAGUCAGAGUCCGUAGACGGACCAAUUUACAUCAGUAUUGGAUUCAAUAAGGACGUUCUUCCAUCAUCGACCGUUCAAGAUUUACAAAGCAGUCUGGGUUAUGUCUCCUUGGACAAAGUUCCCAUGCCUGGCUUCAACUAUCCUUAUGGUUGGGAUAUUUAUCCACAGACCCCAUCUAGCAGCUUCAAGGACGGAGUGACGAUCGUCUCUUAUCAAAAUGGAAGACUUCACUUCAAAGUGAAUACCAGGUUUUUUGCUGUCUACGGCAGAUUGCGCCGUGUGAAAGUUCCGGCUGGUGGUUCUACUCCGAAACACGCAUAUUUUCAAGUUAGGAAAGACAUUAAUGGCUUGAUUGAUGUCAACAUGCCUCUUGCUAUGCUUGCUUAA